AAUCUUGCAUUAUUUUUCACUACAACAAAAGCAAAACAUUGUAAAGUUAGUUACCAUAUUAUCAUGUCAUCCUAUUCAACCACCACCACUACGGCUGACGACGGCAGAAGGAUGGCGAUCACCGCCGUCCAUUCCGACAUCAUACAAACCCUAAUCUUAACCAAACUCGACGGCCCAACUCUUAUUUCCACCAGUUCCGCUUCUUCACAACUUAAAAAUCUCUGUUCCGAUGAUAUUCUCUGGCAAAAAAUUUGCAACUCUUAUUGGCCAUCUACCUCUAAUCCUCUAGUCCAAAACGCCAUCUCCACCUUCCCUUCCGGUCACCGGUCACUCUUCUCCGACUCCUUUCCCGCCAUCCUCCACCAUAAUACUACUACUAAUAUAUGUCGUACCGAAUACCGAAAUUUCUCAACACCGGAGUUGAUAUCAGCUGUUGAUAUUCACUUUGAAGAAAAUAUAUUAUACUCAAAAGUAGUGAAAACUGAGACAAAAAGCGGGUGGUUCAUGGCUUCGCCUUUUAGAGUUGACCUUUUGGGUCAUAAAGAGACGGUAACGACGCCGGUGAAAUUCGAAGGCGAUGACGGAAUAUGCAAAUCACGUUUAAAGGAGAAUAUGAAAUUGAGUUGGAUUUUAAUUGAUCCAAAGAAAAAUCGAGCUGUGAAUAUGUCGAGUUUGAAGCCGGUAUCCGUCCGGCGACAUUGGUUAACAGGAGAAUUGAAUGUCCGGUAUUCGACGGUGAUGGCUUCUGGCGCCGACGCCGGCGACGGAGGAGGGUUGGUGCAGUGUGGAAUAGUAGUCACGUGCGAAGGGAAGGAAGGAGGUGAAUUGCACGUGAGGGAAGUGAGCAUGCAAGUGGAGGACAUAGAUGGGAAAGUUUUAUGUGGGAAGGACAGUUUGGUAAUUUUACAAGAGGCUAUGGAAGGAAGAAGGAAGAAGGGAAAAGAAGGAGAAGAAAAAGAAAGGUAUGAUAAAUUCUUGGAAUUAAGGAAAUUAUGGAGGGAAAGAAAGCAAAGGAGAGAAAAAAGGUCAGAUAUGAUGUGUAUAGUUAGUGGGAUUACAAUUUUUAUUUCUUUUUGGACUUUGAUUGUGUUAGGUUCAAGAAGCUAGUAAUGGUAAUUAUUUUAGUUAGAAAUAGGAAAAAAAAUGAGAAUUUAAAGUUAGGCGAAAUGGCCUCCUGGCCUGGCCACUUAAAUUUACAUGGCUUUUGAAAGCCGAUACACCAACUUACAAGUUUCCCAUUUGAACACUCAAACUAGUGAUACCCUUGACUAAUAAACACGUUGGACCCUUGACCAUCCGCGCGUGUAUCACACUUCUGCUAACGUGUCCACCCAGUCAGAUAACGUGUCCGCCUAGUCAGCACUGAGCCAAUCAAAACAUUACACGUCAGACACCCAACCCUUUUACCAUUCUCGUUUGCCUUUCUCUCUCUAUUAGUGGAAAUCCAAAAUCAAGACUCCAUUUUUACUCUGCAGUUGAGCUUUGUAGUGCUCAUUCAUAAAAACCCAAAUCAAGAAUCCAUUUUUAACUCUGCAGUUGAGCAUUUUAGAGCUCAUUCAUCAAUAAAAAUGCCAACUUUAGUGAAAAUUAAAAACCUCUUUUGGCUGUAGAGUUGAACAAGAAUAAUUAAGUGGAAAUGUUGUCAAUUUCAAUGGGAAUCAAGAACCCAUUUUUGUACUUAAGGUACAAUUCAUGUCAUAAAAUGUUCUUUUUAAUCUUGUCAAUAUUUUUCAAAAUUCUUCAAAAGGCAGCACUUCAUCUCCCAAAAACAUCACCCAAAAUUAGUCAAAAAUAACUCGAGAAUUGUCCCAAAAUCACUGAAAAACGCAGCAAUAAUCAACCUUUUUUUCCACUCAAAAACAGUCCAAAUAUCAACACUCUAAACCCAGCAAAACCAACAUUAAACUACCACAAAUUUCUGCUCAAAUCUCACGCUCAAAAAGGAAAAACGGCUUAUCUCCUGCACACUUACACCAUACAGAUUCAAAAUAAACCUUGCAGCCAGUUUCCUUUCCCCACGUUCUGACUGAAAAGCAACAAGCAACAACCAUUUUUCUUAAAUGAAAAAACACACACACAUAUGCAGAAGGAGCUUAAGAGAUGAAAACGAAGAAAAAGAAAUUGAAGUGAGGAAAGGGUUCUCACCCUCCAAAAAGUCGUGAGACUCACGCACAUAGAUGACCAGGAUCAACUGACGUCAUAUGGGACGGGUCAACGGUCAAACGUGUUUAUUAAUUAUGGGUUUCACUAGUUCGAGUGUUCAAAUGGGAAAGUCGUAAGAUGGUAUAUCGGCUUUCAAAAGCCAUGUGAGUUUAAGUGGCCAGGAGGCCAUUUCGCCUUAAAGUUAUUAUAUUAGUUUUUUCUCAAUAAAGAGCGAAAAUUACAAUCUUAUUGUCACAUUUUUUUCUCUUUAUUCAUUGAUACAUAAUGAAACAUUGCAUGAAAA